AUGAUACUGAGCUUUGUCUACUUCCCGCUGGAGCUCUGCAUGUCCUACAGGUACAUCAGCAAGAACUUGAAUGAAGAUGACGAUGAUGACCGAGUCGGAGGUUUCUUCUGCACUGCCUUUGUUUGCCUACCCUUCCACACUCUGAACGGCGCACUUCUGCUCAUGUCCUUCGUGAUUCUCGCAGAAGGGACAGAUCAACUAGAUGAUAUACUUGCAGUGGACUUGAUCGUCCUUUUUCUUGCCAGCCUUUGGUUACUGCCCGCGGUCGGGUUAGCAGUCCUGAGCAUUUGUUCUCUCCUGGCGUGGCUCAUUACCAGAUUGGAAGGUUCAGGGCAGUCGUCACAGGCGCAGAGAACAGAUAGUGUCAUGGUGGAUACUGAGAUGAUCGGUGCCCACCACGCUUGA